AUGCACAAUGAUAAAGGUCGCAAGAAACACGGCAGCGUGAAAAGAACACAUACCAGCAGUAAAAGGCAGCAAUUGACACUCAGCGAAUUGCAAAGUCGCUUCGAGUCCCAAAACAACAUCUCCGGUGAGACCACCGACAGUAGUACGGACGGCACCGUUCUUACUCCCACCUCCGCUUCCACCCCGGAUUCUGUCUCGAACGCGCAGACUACCCCUCCUACCUCGAAUACGAAUUCGGAUUCGGCAGUUCAGACAAACGCAAAAAUGUCGCGAAUACAAAUGCAGCGCAAACAAUCCUCGCCAAUGGCGCCGACCUUCAUGGUCUCUGCACCGGGGAAGGUCAUCGUCUUUGGCGAACACGCUGUUGUUCAUGGCAAAGCAGCUUUGGCCGCUGCAAUCUCGUUACGAUCGUAUCUACUCGUCACCACACUCUCCAAAUCACACCGUACCGUCACGCUGAAUUUCCGCGACAUUGGGCUGGAUCAUACAUGGGAUAUUGACUCUCUGCCUUGGAACGUGUUCAAACACCCUUCCAAGAAGAAGAUGUACUACGACCUGGUGACCGAGCUAGACCCAGACCUUGUGGCGGCAGUACAGCCACAUGCCGCCGCCGUAUCGGCAGAUAAACCAGACGACGUUCGCAAGAUCCAUCAGAAUUCUGCGGCGCAAUUCCUAUAUCUCUUCUUGUCGUUGGGAUCUCCCGAAUCCCACGCCGCAAUCUACACAUUACGGUCUACAAUCCCUAUUGGCGCUGGUUUAGGAAGCAGCGCCAGUGUAAGUGUCUGUCUCAGUGCAGCGCUCCUCCUUCAAAUCCGAACACUAGCUGGACCACACCCGGAUCAACCCCCCGAAGAGGCCGAGGUGCAGAUUGAGCGUAUUAACAGAUGGGCCUUUGUUGGCGAGAUGUGUAUACACGGCAACCCCAGUGGUGUCGACAACACAGUAUCCGCCGGAGGCAAAGCAGUCCUGUUCCGACGGAGCGAUUACAGCAAACCGCCCACCGUUACCCCAUUGAACAAAUUCCCUGAAUUACCUUUGUUGUUGGUCAACACGCGCCAAUCGCGCUCCACGGCCAUCGAAGUCGCCAAAGUGGGCAGACUCCGCGAAACGCAUCCAGAAGUCACAGAGGCCAUGCUUGACACGAUCGAUAAAGUGACCAUGUCAGCUAGCGAGAUGAUCAAGGAGAACGAUUUUGAAGACGACGAGGAUGCCCUCGAGGAGUUCGGUGCCUUGUUCCGUAUUAAUCAUGGCCUGCUCGUGUCCCUGGGCGUAUCACACCCACGCCUCGAACGCAUCCGCGAACUGGUCGACUACGCAAACAUAGGCUGGACAAAACUCACCGGUGCCGGCGGCGGCGGCUGCGCCAUUACUCUGAUCCGGCCCGACGCCACGGCCCAAACCCUCAAGGAUCUGGAAGCGAAACUCGCAGCGGAAAAUUUCGAGAAGUUCGAAACUACGCUUGGCGGCGACGGUGUGGGCGUUUUGUAUCCCGCCGUGUUACGGAAUGGAUCGAAUGAGGAAGGAGGGGAGGAGAUUGAUCAGCAGAAAUUUGAGAAUGCGGUUGGUAUGGACGGUAUUGAUAGGCUGGUGGGCACUCAUUCUACCAUGCAGGAGAGGAGAGAAGGAUGGAAGUUUUGGAAGAGGGCGACUACAUAA